AUGUCUUCUUUUACGGGAUUUCUUGUGAAAAAAACUAUACAAGAUUAUCCAAUCAGACAACAAUUAGGGUAUUACUAAGAUUUUCAGAGAUAGAAUUUGACUCUCUAUAUAAAUAAAAAGCUUGCAGAUAUGAGAUGUAUAACAAUAAUAAAUUAGUGUCAAAUGGCACAAACUCUGUCAAUGCUAAAAGUUUAGUUAAUUUAAACAUUUAAACAAAUAUUGAUACACCAAAUAAAAUGAGUAAUUUUAAAAGAAGACAGAUUUCAUAAUAAGAAAGUUAAACAAGACCAAAAACUUCUUAUCAUAAAAAAUAACAUAAAGUUUAACCAAAACCAGAACAAAAGGUUGCAUCCCUAAUAAAUGAUGAAUUAAUGAAAUAAAAUUCAACUAGUUCCUUAUAUCAAGAAUAUAAAAUGGCUAAUCUUAAGGCAAAUCUUUAAAAAUUACAAGCAUAAAAAAAAUGUAACCUAAUUGAACUUAAUCAUGUUGAAUUGACUGAUGAUGAAUAAAUUAAUUAUUAUUUAACUGAAUUAUGUAGGUAACAUCCAGAAGUAGAUAUUGGUAAAUUGUUAGAUGUAGAUAUAGAAAAAGUGUCAUUAACUCAACAUCAAGAUAAAUUAAAUGAAUUAAUAGAAAAGAGAAUAAAUUAAGAAGAAUUGGAUUAAAUAAUAAGCAAAGAUGAGAAAACUAAUUUAGUUAAAGUAUAUAAGGAAUCUAGAUAUGAUCAAUUUGAACCAGAAUAUAGUAAAAAAAACAAAUUAAAAAUGACUACAUUUAAAAAAUAAAAAGAAAUUUAGGAUAAAUUAUUUGCUUAAAUAUUUGAAGAUGAAGUAUAAAAUAAAACACAAAAAGUUGAUAUGAACAAAUUUUUUAGAGCACCAUCAUAACAAAUAUCUAAUAAAAUUAAAAGAAGAUCAAAUUAUGGAAUUAAUUCAAAACCUUUAUCUCAUAGAUAAUCUCCUGUAAUUAGUCAUUUUGAAUCAAGACCUUAAACUGCAUUAGGUACACAUACACAAUCUUAAACAUUCUUGACAACUAAAUAAAAAUGGGAUGGUAAAGGUGUUGAUCCUGAUACUUAGUAAUAAAUGUAAGAUAUUAUUGGAUAUUGUAUUGAAUUAGAAGAUGAAUAAAAAAAAGAAAAGAAAUAAUUUAAAAGGAAAAUGAGAAGAAUGGAUUAAGAGAUAUAAAGAUCAGUAAGAACUGUAUCAGAAUAAUUUCAAAAUUAAGAAAAAUAAACAUUUUAACAUGAAGAAUUUAAAAAGUUUUAAAGUGAAACAUAAUUCAAAAGAAAAUUAAUUGGUUUUUUAAUGAAUCAAGUUGGUGAUAAAAAUGAGAUUUUAAGUUAAAAAGCAAGAAAAGAGUCAACGAAUAAAUUUAUUCAUAAAGUUUCAAAAUUAUCUAAUGAAUGA